GUUAAUGAAUGUGUGUUCUCCUUCAAAAGUUUAAGGACCAGCCCUCAUAAGACAACCUUUUCAACAAGUUCGUUCUGUUAGUACUGAUUGCAAGUAUGCUACUUGGCAAUCACCUAAAAAUAAAGAGAAUCUGUCACCUAAUUAAUAAAGAGUGGAUUUAGUUAAAAAGAUUAUAGUACUUCUUGAAGAAAACGAGAAAUCAGCAGAACUCAUAAAAUAACUUUUAACAAAAGAAUCAAAAUACUAGAAAUAAAGAUCUUGCGAUUAAACAGAAUUAAGUUAAUUAAGAGGAGAAGUAGUUAUUCUUAAAGAAUAAUUAAUGUAAUUUAUUUAAUUUUAAAUAUAUAAGCAAAUCUGAAGAGGAUAGAAUCCUAACUGAGACUAAAUAUUAAUCUGUUUUGAAAGAAUUAGAUUAUAAGGAUUAAUAGAUUGAGAAUAAAAAAGAGACUAUUGUAGCAUAAGAAGAACAUAUAAAAUAAUUAUUAGAGAGAAAUGCUGAAUUAACAGAAUAGUUGAAAUUUAAUCAAGAUGAAUUGAACAAUUUGGGUGAUAUUGAUCAAAAGAUAGAUUUUAUUUUAAAUGAAAAUGAAUAAUUGAAAUUGUUAAGUGAUAAAUUACAAGAUUAAUUAAGUGCUUCUGAAGACUAAUUAUUUAGAUUUAAAUAAAAAAUAGAUUAAUUAUAAUCAUAAGAAACAGAUAGAAGUGAAGGUGCAUUAAAUGGAUACAAAUAGAAAAUAAGAAACUUAGAAACUAAAUUAGCUGUUUUAUCUGAAGAUAAUGUACGUAGAAGAUAAGUUAUUUGA